AUGUCUCUUCUUUUAAUUCUUCCAGCUCUAACUAAACAAGGUCUCACUGCGGAUAAUAUUAACUAUGUUAUAUCAACACAUGGACAUUCAGAUCAUAUAGGAAAUAACAAUUUAUUCUUGAAAGCCAAACAUAUAGUGGGAUUUAGUAUUUCUUUUCAAGAUAAUUAUUAUAUACAUCCAUUUGAUGAAGGUAAAGAAUUUAUAAUUAAUGAACAUGUCAAGGUGUUACCAACUCCUGGACACACACUGUCUGAUGUUACAGUCCUUGCAACUAAUUCUGAAAAAGAAGUUGUAGCAGUUACAGGAGAUCUGUUUGAAAAAUUUGAAGAUAUUGCUGACCCAAGUUUAUGGAUUGAGGCUGGUAUUGAGGAUCAAGUUAAACAAAGAAAGAAUAGAUCUCAGAUUUCAGAACUAGCAGACUGGAUUAUUCCAGGACAUGGACCUAAAUUUAAAGUUACAGAUGACAUAAGAAAAACUUUAAGGGAACAGAUAGAGAAAUCAAUUUUCUAG